AUGGCCGCUACUACCUCCGUUCCCACCCAGAACCAGGUCCUCGUUCCCGAGACCCUUCUGAAGAAGCGCAAGUCCCAAGAGGCUGCCCGCGCUGAGCGCCGUGCCGAGGCCGAGAAAACCAAGAAGGCCAACAAGGAGAAGCGUGGUGUCAUCUUCAAGCGUGCCGAGUCCUACGUUCAGGAGUACCGCACUGCUGAGCGCGAGAAGAUCCGCCUCAACCGCGUUGCUCGCCAGGAGGGCAGCUUCUUUGUUGAGGGUGAGCCCAAGCUCGUCUUCGUUGUCCGUAUCAAGGGUAUCAACAAGAUUGCUCCCAAGCCCCGCAAGAUCCUCCAGCUUUUGCGUCUGCUCCAGAUCAACUCUGGUACUUUCAUUCGUCUCACCAAGGCUACUCAGGAGAUGUUGACUAUUGUCAACCCCUACAUUGCCUACGGUUACCCCAACCUGAAGUCCGUCCGCGAGCUUCUGUACAAGCGUGGUUACGGAAAGGUCGACAAGCAGCGCACUCCCCUCACCGACAACCAGAUCAUUGAGGAGCACCUCGGCAAGUUCGGCAUUGUCUGCAUGGAGGAUUUGAUCCACGAGAUCUACACCGUUGGCCCCAACUUCAAGCAGGCCAACAACUUCCUCUGGCCCUUCAAGCUGUCCAACCCCAACGGUGGUUUCCGCACUCGCAAGUUCAAGCACUACAUCGAGGGUGGUGACACCGGUAACCGUGAGGAGAACAUCAACGGUCUCAUCCGCCAGAUGAACUAG